AGCUCGAGAGGAGCGGAGCGGCAGAACGACAAGAUGGCGGAGUGAGUGGGCUGCUCUUCGGGGAGAAAGUGGCGACUCGCUUUAUUUCUUUAAUAAUUCGCAUCGGAUCCGGAUAAUUCGCGUAUGAGAGUUUGAAUAAUCGGAGGAUCAGUUCGAUUGGAGGCUUAAAGCGGCGCUCGGAGUGAGGAGGCUUAGAGAAGGCGUCGAGUUCAGGCCUGGAGACCGUGUCCUUCCUCUGCGGGAGAGGCUAGGCUAACGGAGCUAAGCUACGCUAACGUUACCGGAGCGCUGGAGCUGAGCUAGCGUUAUUUCUUAGGAUUUACGUAAGCAAUCGACAGCAAGCGACACUGGAUUAAAAAUAUAUAGACUCUUAGCGAGCUAAUUUUGCUGCAGAUGUCAUCGAAACACCCAGAAUUACUUCACAUUUGUGAGUGUUUCUGAGGGAGCAGUGAGCGGUUAGCUUAGCUAACUAACCGUUUACAGUAACAUUAGCUAGGGUUAGUUAGCUAAGCUUGUGCUUAGCGAGCAGUAACUAACUAUAAUAACUGCAACUAAAUCCAGACAAUAUCUUAAAAUAAUCCGCAUGAUCUCAAGUUUAACAGAUAUAUAACCUUCUAGAAUCCAAAAAAAGGGACAAAUUCAGCUAUUUGUUCAGUAAAGAAGAGAAACAGAGCGACAUGGCGAGCAGCAGCGGGUCUAAGGCCGAGUUUAUAGUCGGUGGAAAAUACAAGCUGGUCCGAAAAAUAGGAUCUGGAUCGUUUGGGGAUAUUUACUUGGCUAUAAACAUCACAAAUGGAGAGGAGGUCGCAGUAAAGCUCGAGUCUCAGAAAGCCAGACACCCUCAGCUCCUGUAUGAAAGCAAACUGUAUAAAAUCCUUCAGGGAGGUGUUGGGAUUCCACACAUCAGGUGGUAUGGCCAAGAAAAGGACUAUAAUGUUCUAGUGAUGGAUCUCCUGGGGCCCAGUCUAGAGGAUCUCUUCAACUUUUGCUCCCGCAGAUUCACCAUGAAAACAGUUCUAAUGCUUGCAGAUCAGAUGAUCAGCAGAAUCGAGUAUGUGCACACAAAAAACUUCAUCCACAGAGAUAUCAAGCCCGACAACUUUUUAAUGGGUAUCGGUCGUCACUGUAAUAAGUGUUUAGAAUCUCCAGUGGGGAAGAGGAAAAGAAGCUUGGCUGUUAGUUCUUCUCAGGAUCCAUCUUUCUCAGGAUUAAACCAGUUGUUCCUCAUCGACUUCGGGCUGGCCAAAAAAUACCGGGACAACAGGACACGACAGCACAUUCCUUACAGAGAAGACAAAAACCUCACAGGCACUGCUCGCUAUGCCAGUAUCAACGCACAUCUGGGCAUUGAGCAGAGUCGCCGGGAUGACAUGGAAUCACUAGGCUAUGUGCUGAUGUACUUCAACAGAACCAGCCUGCCCUGGCAAGGACUGAAGGCUGCCACAAAGAAACAGAAGUACGAGAAGAUCAGUGAGAAAAAGAUGUCCACUCCUGUCGAGGUGUUGUGUAAGGGUUUUCCCGCGGAGUUCGCCAUGUACCUGAAUUACUGUCGCGGCCUGCGGUUCGAGGAAGCACCUGACUACAUGUACCUGCGUCAGCUGUUCCGCAUUCUCUUCAGGACUCUGAACCAUCAGUAUGACUACACGUUUGACUGGACCAUGCUGAAGCAGAAAGCAGCACAACAGGCAGCGUCUUCAGGGGGACAGGGGCAACAGGCACAAACCCCCACAGGCAAGCAAACUGACAAACCCAAGAGUAACAUGAAAGGUUUCUAAGCGUUCUGGGGGAUCUAAUGAAGCAGCGCAGAAGAGCGUCGUAGCAGGAAUUGCCUUUCAAUCAUACCUUGGCAUUUCGGAUUAAUUUCACCAAAACCUGCCAGGCACUGUGAGGCAACAGAUUUCCUGUUAAAGAACUUUUGUUUCAUAAACUACACAUAUAUAUAUUCAGCAUAUAUAGAUAACAUGCUCUGCAUAUAUCUAUAUAUUGGUAUGUAUAUACUAUAUCCACAAAGAGAGCAGGCUUGGUAUGGAAUUCGAAGCUGUAGCCUUUUCUAUCCUGUCCCUGAAGACUUUUUCCCCCUUUUUACCCAAAAAUUUAAGACUUUAGGAAAUGGUUGAUUCUCUGAGGAUAUAAUUGUGCAUAUGCCAAUGUUCUCCUUCAGUUUCUCUCUCUCUUUGAGGUCAAUGACUCGGGUUCCCUUCUCAUUCUCGUCUUAUGUCACUGGUUGUCACGAAGUCAGACUCUCUUUUUCAGAUGGGAAAUCGUUUCCUCCUGUUUAUUAUUUUUAAUUUUUGUUUUCCUCGGUAAAGCGAAGAGUCGAGAAGAUACGAGAAAAGUC